GACAUUAGAAGUCGGCCCAGCUCCCUGAGUUAAGGACACCGGAUCUGACUGAUCACAGCAGGACUGAUUCCAUCUUGUCCCGUGUUCCUGGGACACGCACAGCGACCAUCCAAUCGAUUCGCCUUGCUGAUCAAGACAUCAAGACCACCAUUGCGGUCGCCAAUAUGAGCAGCAUGUUUGAGGAUAACCCCAACCUCAUCCAAGACCCGCCGCCUCCUCCGCAGAACACCUCACCAUGGCUCCCUCACAAGACGCCCACCCCGCUGGUACUGAUCCACGACGGCGGCGGCACCAUUUUCUCUUACUACUGUCUUGGUGACCUCGGCCGUGCAGUCUACGGCAUUUCCAACCCCAACUACCCCUCCGGCAAGGCCUGGAAGGGCGGCAUCCCCGAGAUGGCCCGGCACUACCUCGGCUUCAUCAAGACGGCCUUGCCGAAGGGCGGCGACCUCAUCAUCGGCGGCUGGUCGCUGGGCGGGCUGAUCUCGCUUGAAGUCGCGCGGCAGCUGGCGGAGGAGAACGCCAGCGCGAAUGCGAAGGCCGACAACCACGACAACGGGAAGAAAACCCUGAACCUGCUCGGCAUCGUCAUGGUGGACUCGGUCUGCCCGCUGGAGCUGACGGCGCCGCCGCUGCCCGUCGUGCAGCACGUGGCGCAGUGGAGCGAGCACACGAAGCAGGAGACGCGCGACCGCGUGAUGCGCUGCUACUCCGAGGCGACGCGCAUGUUGGGAGAGUGGAAGCUGCCGGUGUGGGAUGAUGACGAUGACAAGGACAACACCGAUAACCACCCCGACAACAGCAGCAACAACAACAACACGACAAACCCACAGCAGCAGCACCAGCAGCAGAACGGCACCGUCAAAGGCAAUAGCAACGGCCACGCCACGACCCUCACCCAGGUCGCACGCAACCUCCCAAAACCCCGCCCGCCGCCCGUCAUCCUCCUCCGCGCGCGCGAGCCCGUGCCCGUGCCCGUCCCCGGCGAGGGCAUCAGCAAGGCCGACAUCCACCGCGGCGACCGACUCCUCGGCUGGGCCAGCUACCGGGCGGACCUGAUCACCAGCGUGAUCGACAUCCCGGGGCACCACUUCAGCAUCUUCCGCUCGGAAGAGACGCUGGCGACGACGACGGCGGCGAUCCGCAAGGCUUGUUUGGACUUGGAGGAUCUCCAUGCUCGUGGGGUGGGGACGGGAAUGGGAGUGGGAGUGGGAGAGUUUGAGUGAGGGGCUUGAGGGGCGGAGGGAUGAAUGAGGGAUAGAGAGGGUACGGAGGAAUCAUUGUUGGAGGAGGGUGGGAAUAUUAGAGGGUGGAGCAGUUGAUCCGUACCGGCUCGGUUGGCCGGCCUUUGGAUGAUGAUCUUGGUGGUAGAGUUGGUAUCAUCAUGGUCAUGGUCAUUAUCCGUCAUCAGGUCUUUCUUUGUAUGCUAGGAGUUGAAGGGUGGGCAGGAUAGAGGAAUUGGGCCAGAUUGAGCGUGCACCAUACCCGGUGGAUCACCCACCUAACCAAGUACGAUAUUUGUGUAAACGAAUGAAACAACGCAUGUAGUUGAGGUGGGAUUCUUCCUGACGUGUAUAUGAAUAGCAUCAGAACGCAACACACUGCCAAGUCCUUUGAAUAU